CUUACACCUAACACUACUAAAUGUACAAAUUUUACCUAUACAGAGAGUACAAACAAUACCCAAUUACAACCUUAUGCAAUUGACAUUCAAUUUUAUGAUGACGGAACGACUCUCAUCCACCUUGUUAGAAAUAAUAAUUCUGAGCAUUGUUUUGAUUCCAUAUUACGUAUAAGAAUUAUCCAUUUAAAUUUAUCCGUCACUGAAAUUAAUGUCACUGAAAUUGAUAAUUUAAAACUUGAUCCUGUGAAUUAUUGUUUAUUUUACAACAAAAUUACUGGAAAAAUUGUGAAUCCUAUUUCAAUACGACCCUUAAGACAACAAUUUAUAUUAGUGAGUUAUUUAAAAAAUGGUGAAGAGUGGGGAGCUGUUCUGAACUGGAAAGGCGAAAGCUUAAGUGAUGUUAAUGGAAAUUUAUCAGUGUUGAUAAAUAACACUAUUCGAAUAAUUGGAUUUGAGGAUAUUACCCUUUUUACGUCACUGGCCACCGUUGAUGAAG